CAGAAGUAACGCAGCAAUUGCAACUGCUACAUGAAGCCGCUACGUAGCGCUACGUAGCGCUAGCUUCGUCUAAACACACCCAAUCUUUGUGUAGCAAUUUUCUUGCUGUUCUCUUUCGUGUUUAUCACAUUUUCGAACUGCUGUUUGUUUUUUGGUCGAUUCUUUUUUUUGUCAGGACUGUCAAGAGUAUCGAGUUUGUAAAGUGACUACGAAGACGAUGGAUCAUCAAACUUACAAAGUACACAAUCCUGAUGAUUUUAAUAGGAUCACCAAAGGGAUCAAGGUUGCACGAUGCAUGCAAUCGCCACCAUCCUAUGUACCUGAUAGCGAACAAGUGUUAAGUCAACUGGUGGUAUCUGAUUCUUUGUGUUGUUCUUAUUGUAACACUGUAUUUGAGGACAAGGUGCAGCAGAGACUCCACUAUAAGCUAGAUUGGCAUCGUUACAAUCUCAAGCAACAUCUAAAUGGUCAAAAGUCAAUUAAUGAGGAUAGUUUUAACAGGUUGGCUGGUGAAGGCGACAUGUCUAGUCUGUCUGGUAGUGAAGUUGAGUCUGAGAACGAAGAAGAUACUGGUACUUCAGAGACUGGAACUUCAUCUAAUGAUCAAGGUAAGAACGAAUCAGCAAGCAAGAAUGGCUCUGCAGCUCUCAACAGAUCUAGAAAAACAGAGAAACGUGGGAAGACAGUUGAGUCAGAUAUUUCGGACACAGAGUACAAUGAGGAAAUGUCUAAGGAGAGAAAAUUACAAGCUGUUGCCAGUCGCCAUACAAAAGUGUUUUUUGAAAACGACGAUGGCAAUAUAUUCAGUAUCUACCGAUGUUUACUGCAUCACAAGAAGGAUAUUCCUGAAAAGGACGGCGAGAUGAUUGCUCAGGCAUUGGACAGCGGCAAAAAGACCAAGUUGACAGUCAUCAUGGUUGGCGGUGGACAUUUUGCUGCGGCUGUAUUUCAAAAUGGCGAGGCUAUCGUGCACAAAACCUUCCAUUCUUACACUGUUCGAGCAAAACAGGGCUUCACUCAGAGUUCUCGUACGAACGGUAAUCACGCGAAAAGCGCUGGUGCUAGUUUGCGAAGAUAUAACGAAGCGUCACUCAUUCAGCACGUGCAAGAAAUAUUGGAAUCAUGGUCGAUACAUAUCAAUAAUUCAUCGGCUAUCUUAUACCGAGCAGUCGGACCGUGCAAUCGCAUGGUGCUUUUUGGUGGCAAAAAUCCUCCUUUAGAUAAGAAUGAUCUAAGAAUACGACCACUGCCAUUUCCCACGCGUAGAGCUACAUUUAGAGAAGUACAAAGGGUAUAUGAUGUAAUAAGCACCAUAGAGAUCUAUGGUUCUGCGGAAGAUUUCACAGAUUGCUUUCCCAACUCUCCGCGACAACCGAUACGUAAGAAAGUUUUGAAGACGGAAGUGAUGAGUGAAAUACCUGAAGGGGAUGACAGUACCGAGAAUAACCUUAAUGUUAACAAUAGUAAUCUUCAGGAAACUGAUAAAAUUAAGACACCUGCCCAGUCUACUCCAGAAAAACAACAUCGAAAUUCUCGUCCACAUAUAGAUAGAGCGAAGCCGAGGAAAAGCCCGAAUCGACCACUGCCAGAUAUUAUUGUUAGACUAGCGCAAUCAUCGUCUGAAUCGGAAUUAGAUGCUACAAAUACUGUGGAUAUUACCUUAGUUGAACAAGAUCAUGAGGCCGAUUUUACUGAAAAUUUAUUAGCUUUUCAAGAUACUGUUCCAAGAUAUCUGAAGAACAAGAAAGCUCACCGACAGAAAAAAAAAGUGAAGAAAGAUCCUCAAGUGAUAAAUGAAGUAUUGAUAGACGCUAAAACAAAAUUGUGGACUGCGUGUAAACAAGGCGAUAACGAUCUGCUAUCGUCAGUUAUCGAUAAUCUCUUAGCAAAAGUUAAGAAAUGCGAAAAAGAGCAAAAUAAGAAGGAUGUUACUACUGGUUGCUCGUCAUUCGAUAAUAAUCUCGUAAAUACAAACGAUGUAGCAAAAUUGGUUAAUGAUACUAAUGAAGAUGGUAAUACAAUGUUGCAUUUGGCGGCACUCGGUGGAUACUGUGAACAAGUAUGGUUACUGUUAGAAAUCGGAUCUGAUCCUUGUAACAAGAACAAAAAAUUGCAGACGCCAUAUGCUGCUGCCAGUGAUAAAAAAACUAGAAAUACAUUUAGAAGAUUUAUGGAAGCUAAUCCGGAUAAAUUUAAUUACCAAAAGUCACAAAUACCCGGACCACUUAGUGACGAAAUAGAACAAGCGGAAGUGGAGAAGAAAAGACAGCAACGAAAGUUAAAACGUUUCAAAGAGAAAGUUAAACGGAAAGAGUUCGAGUUGAAGAAGCAAGAGGAAAACGAGAAACAGAGAUUCUUAAAUCUCAGUGACGGAGAAAAGAGAACAUUAGUAGGGCAAAACCGAAUGUUGAGUGAAGGAUAUACUGUCAUAUCACGAUGUUUUCAGUGUGCCAUUGAUAUGACCGACAAGGUGCCCUUUGAAUAUAACGCCAAUCGUUUCUGUUCCAUGCCAUGUCUCAAAGAACAUCGUCUUCACAAUAAAUAUGUUAUCUGAUGGUGCAUUAUAUCUAAUUAGAAAAACUUGCAUUAAUUAAUAUACACCUAUGAUUAUGGUCAUAAGUUCACUUUGACUUACAGGUCACAAUUGUUAGAGUAAAAGCAUAGGAUCUCAUACACAUUUAAGGGAGAAUUCUGAUCUAGCGGAUAAAAACUUGAUUUUUUACAGUUUUUGAAUUGUUGAAGUGUCUAGAAUAUAUCUAAAGCGAUUUUUCGAAAUUCGUAAUAUUGUGAAAGUUAGACUUUAUAUAUAUUUAAAUUUGGAGACAUAUGUAGUUUAACGCGUUUUUCUCACGGUUUUUAAAUUAGCAAGAAAAAAUCUCGAACCGUUAUUUUGAACCAAAUAAAUCCUGAAUUUUUAAAAACUAGACACUAAAACACUUAGUAAACUAAAACACUAAAACACUUAUUAAAGAAUGAAGUAUUGAUAAGUUUCAAAAUAUUAAGAGUUUUCCUUGGUAUGGAAAGAUAAUAAAAACUACUAAUAAAAGAGAGUAUGCUUUUAUAAUAACAUAACUCAUGUAAAAGUAUUUGCGACUUUACAACACUGUAUGAACAUAGUAUCACUGAGAAAAAAACAUACAAGUUUUUCUAAUAAUCUACAAUUAUUUUCAGCAUAUAGUAGAACUAAGAACAGUUUUUUAAACUGCAAUAAAUAUAAAAAUAUAUAAACUAAUCAUAUAACAUAUAAAACUUUGCAAUAAAUAUGAGAUGGUAAUGUAAAAACUUGAAUUAUGAGAUUGAAAGAUAAGUGCUCCUCCUUCAGAUCAUAACAAUAUUAUAUUUUUGGGUUAAUAUAAUUAGUGGAUAUACACAGAAAAAAGAGCAUGUUCUUUUUUUACAAAGUAUAAUGUAUUAUACCAUUAUGCACAUAUUAACUCGCUAAUAUUUGACAUCGUUAUUUGGGUAUUAGAUGCCAUACAUACUUGUGUAUAUAUAUAUAUUGUUUUACAUUUUGUAUAGUAUAUACAACCGAAAGUUGUAAUAUAAAAUGCAUAUAUAUACAUAUAUACUACCAAAGGUAAAAUAAAGAUCACUUAAAGUUUA